AAAUCAUGAGUGGAAACACUGGAAUGAGUGAAUGAUUUGUCGGCUCAAUGGAUAAGUUUCCCGAGCCAUAAUAAAUAAAUAAAAAAAAAGAAUGAUUUGAGAAAACAUAGGUCGUCGUUCUUCCGGCUGCCAUCUUUUUGGUUUCUCUUGUUGUCGUUGUCAGAUCGGCGAUUUUAUAAAAAUCUGCCAGCAUGGGUCGUAUGCACGCACCUGGUAAGGGUAUUUCCCAAUCGGCGUUGCCGUAUCGCCGCAGCGUCCCUACAUGGCUGAAACUUACCGCUGACGAUGUCAAGGAACAGAUUUUCAAGCUUGGCAAAAAGGGUCUCACCCCCUCACAAAUUGGUGUCAUGCUUAGGGAUUCCCAUGGUGUCGCUCAAGUCAGAUUUGUCACUGGCAAGAAGAUCCUGCGUAUCAUGAAAGCUAUGGGUCUUGCCCCUGACCUACCUGAGGACCUCUACUACCUGAUUAAGAAGGCUGUCGCCAUGAGGAAGCACUUGGAGCGCAACAGGAAGGACAGGGACAGCAAAUUCAGGCUGAUUCUCGUUGAGUCCAGAAUCCACAGGCUAGCCCGUUACUACAAGAUAAAGAGUGUGCUGCCACCCAACUGGAAAUACGAGUCAAGCACUGCUUCGGCUCUUGUGGCUUAAGUUAAUAAAAUUUAUGUAACAUA